AUGGUGUGGACAUCUCCGUUUGCGAAAGAGGACAAGCUCAUGCAAGUAGCUUCUUCACUGAUUCCAGCAGGCAUUUCGAUAACGGAUUUUGCUUUGUUACCGGCGGACCUAAGGAGUGCCAGGCUUCGUCGGCGACAUUUCUCUCGGAGCGAUGAAGCACUUCGCGACGAUGGCAUGGCUGACUGUUGCGGAAGACCAAUAAAAGGAUCGUAA